CGAGCCCACCGACAUGGGCCGCAGUGGCCCAGGCGAAUCGGGGGAAGGAUCUGGAAACUGGAGUCGAACCCAAACCGACUCCAGUCCCCGAUCGAACCCGACUCGCACCACAACCGCCUCUAACCACAUGCUCCUCCUAGUCCCCUCCGUAAACCCUCCCAUUCUUCCUGCGAUUUCAUUUCGAUUCCUCCUCAGCGCGGCGAUGGACGGAGGAGGCCAUCAGCGCGGGCUGCGGCGGCGCGGUCGGGGAGCUGGUGGCGCGCCUCGCCAGGGACCUAGAGCCGGCGUGGCGGUUGCGGCCCGAGGUGGCGGAGGAGGCGCCGCGCGCCAGGGCGGUCGCGGCGGCGGCCGCGCUGGGCCAGGUGGCCGCGCCAGGAACGGCAACGAUGCCCAGCCUCGACCACGGCCUGCCGCGCCGCGCCCGAGGGCACCCAGGGCUCCUGCGCCACGCCACAGGGUUUGUUCUCGUAAUGAGCUAGUUGGGCUAGAUCUACUGAAUUCCGACAAUAAGGAAGCUCUAGGCCCCGUGAGGUUUUGCUUCAUGCAUGCUGGGGUUGGGUUGUAACUAGGAUUCCCAAGUGUGGAACUAGUUUUCAAUUCGUGCUGGUUGUUAGUGAUUUCGCCAGAGAAAUUAUCUACUGCUUGCUCCUGAAGGAUUGGUGGGCCAGUAUCAAGUAUGUCAAUACUGGGGGCCUAAGCAUGGAGGCUUACGAAGAUCAGCUGGAUGAAUCUCUGGCUCGUAACCCGAGGGUUGACAUGGAGGAGCUUGCCGUUUAUACCAUGGAUGAUGGGCACUUGGAGCAGGGUGCAGUUGUGGCACGUCUUAUCACUGAUGCAAAUGACGGCUACAGGAAGUUGGCUCUCUCUCGCAAGAUAUUACUCGACAUGUACAUCAAGGGGAAGUAUGGCACCCUGGAGGCUCAGUUUUGGCGCAAGAGCGUGCAAUCGCAGAAGAAUGACCUCGAGUACAUCAUCGACUCUCUCGAGAAGUCCAAGAAGAACUUCAGGCCCAUGCCAACAGUGUUCCUGACAAUGCCUGAACUUCUGCCCAAGGAGAAGAAACAUUAGGUUCUGCUGCUAUUGUUGAGAGGAAAGUCUUCAGAUCUUUUGGGGUUGGAAAGCUUGUGUGAAUCGUGAGAAGGCCAGGUUACAACAUUGUGUUGUCUUGAAUUCUUUUGGAGCAUAUGCUUCGCUGGAUGCUUCAUAUAUGAUGUGUUGAACUUGUGGGUUUCUGAUAUGUUGAUUGCAUGUGGGAGAUGGCAUGCUGUGUAGUAUUGAUGAUAUGAAGAGUUAAUCCCCUUGGCCCCUAUUUCAGUAUGCUUUAUAAUGUGUGUAGUUGUACAUUGGCUUGAUGCUGUGAAGAGUUAAUCCCCUUGGCCCCUGUUUCAAUAUGCUAUAUAAUGUGUGUAGUUGUUCAUUGGCUUGAUGCUGUGAAGAGUUAAUCCCCUUGGCCCCUGUUUCAGUAUGCUUAAUAAUGUGUGUAGUCGUACACUGGUUUGAUGCUGUGAAUAUUUAGCAAUAUAUGCUCUGAUGGUUUUAGACAAUAAUUUAA